GAGCGUGGGCAGGCUCCUAGCGUGCCUGCGCCGUCUCCAUGGUUACCCGCGCUGGGCGUCCCACUGCGGCCUAGGCCGCCGCGGCCAAGCGGACUGGAUGGGGCGCCGAGGCCGGCCGCCGUCGCCGCUCCUCCUGGGGCGGUUCGCUUUCUUUCUCUUGCUGCUGCCAGGGGUUUGCCCAUCCACGGCCGUGCCGACCAGCGAAGCCCCUUCGAAGCCGGCGACCACUGGAAGCGAAGCCACCGCUGCGGGGCCGACAACAGAGCGCCGUCCUCUUUCGACCCCCGGCUCCGUAGACUUCAGCGAGGCGACCUCGACGGCGGGCACCGUCGAGGCAUCCAGCCCGCAUCUCACGGCUCCCCGAACGCCUCCUCAUGUCGGCCCGUGGCCGGCGCCCGUGACCGACGUGGCUACGCUGUGCGUCUGUGACCUCCUGGAGGAUCAGUGUGAUGUAAACUGUUGUUGCGAUCCUGCUUGCACAGCUGCGGAUUUCAGCGUCUUUACUGCAUGUUCGGUCCCCGUUGUCACAGGUGACAGUCAUUUCUGCAGGCAACAAGAAGCCCUCUAUUCCAUAGACCAAUCAGUGCAGCCCCCAGAAAGGAUAUUUCAGCUAGUCGAUAAAGUCAGUCCCACUGUGUUCUGCCUUCAGACCACGAACUAUAAAGCUGGCCUGUCCUUCCAAGCUCCAGAAAUACCCACUCUGCAAAGUUUUGAUAGGUUGCUUCAGGAAUUUGACAGGGGUGCCUUUGCUACUGGAAAUGACCCCAUGCUGGAAGCUGAAUCAGAGACCCAGCGUGAGGCUAACACAGACGACAGCAGCGGAUACAGAUUUAAGGAUCUCAUCCAGACAUCCGAUGGCUUUCUGAGGCUGCCUGCUCCGCUUUUUUCCCAAUGUGCUCACGGUAACCCUGCAGGCUUCUUAAUGAACCAGGCUGAGAAGUGCAACACAGUGGUCGAGAUGGAUGAAUGCACCAGCUUUCCUGAACUCAGCAUGCAGUUCUACACCAAUUUUAGCAUUUUGGUGGUACCAAAUUCAAGGCAAACAGUUAAUGUCACUAUCCAGUCCAUCACAAUCCAGACACCGGGGGGGCUGCGCACUCGCCUGGCCAAUACGGAUGUUGUGUUGCUCCCUGAAUUAAAGAAUCAGUCAUGCAGCAACAUUGUUCUUGAGGCAGAUUACCUCAUCACCUUUACAGAGACGGGUGAAAUCGUAGGGGCAACCGUCUCGCUGGUUUUGGGGACAGCCAAUACAGCUACCGUUUUUGCGCAGCAGACCUUUGCCAUCCAUUUCAUGCAGGCAACUUCCAAACAAGGUACUCAGCCUGUUCCUCUCAGCGGAAGCCCAGGUUAUGUUGCUGGAUUGCCCAUAAAGGCUGGAUUUAGGUCAAGUGCCUCUGGAGUCAUCCAGAAUUUGAACGAAGGAAGCCAGCUGACCAUGAUGAAAAGCACCAUAGCCCAGGACUGUUUCCGUGUGGAAGGGAGCCGAACCCCAGUAUUGUUUGGGUACAACAUGAUGUCGGGCUGCCAAGUGCGAAUUACCGACAGCACUGACUGUGCGCUUCUGGCUCCAGAGAUCCUGAGGGUGCUGAAGGGCCAAAACUUUCCAGACUGUGUGGCCUCUUUUGGAGAUUCCCUGCCUUGGAACGGACUGGACUGGGUCCAAAUCUCUUACAAUUCCACCAAACUGACCACCUGCGAAAUUCCGGUGUCCUUUGAAAUGGAAGUUAAGUGGACUAAAUACGGAUCCUUGGUGAACCCCCAGGCUAAAAUUGAGAGUCUAACCGCGAUAACAACAACUGCUGCCUUACCCAAGGUUGAUUCAGGAAAUGAAAGCAUCCUCCAGAUAUUCAGCUCUGUUUUGUUUGUCGACAUCUCUGCCCCCGCACAGCCAGGCUACAAAGCUUGGCCAACCAUUGAGGCCAACCUGCCCUUUGAUUUCUUCUUUCCUUUCAUUUAAAACUACGUGCAGAGUCAGAGGAUCCCAGCUUCAUUUUUUAAAGCGGGAACUUUUCUUCAAAUCUCCACUGAAGUUGAAAACAGAUGUGCCUUCCUGCCAGUGUCAACCUCAGGAGGACUCCCAGCUGGGAUCAAGGUGGGCUUUGGCAGAGUUUGGUGGACAAUCUUGCUGCUGCUGCAAGAUUAUAAACAAAUACGGACAGAGGUGUGGAUUCUGCCAUGGGCGAUCGUGCAAGAGAGCCACGCAGACUGGGAAGGCUUCGAGUGAAAUCCAAAGCAUUUGGCGGGCCCCAGAUUGGGAAUGGCAGCCUGCCCCCUCCAGAGCCAAGUAUGGCGGGGUCUGCAGGAACUUAAGAUGCAACAAUUAAUGGUGCCAAUAUGUCAGAUGCUCAAAGGGAGCAAGAAGAAAAAAAGCAACCAAAAUGUUGAAAGGGG